AGAUCUACGAGGGCGGAGGGUUUCUUUUUUUUGAAAUAGAGAGCGGGUUGGAGGAGGUUUCACUUUCACUACUGUUGAUCAGUGGCAUUUCUUCGAGCACCUGCAACGCAGGAAUGGACGUCCCCAGAGACCAAAUCUCUACGCUUCUUGACAAUGGACUCUACAACUCUGCUCAGAUGCUCGGUUGUUUUCUUGUAUCGUCUUCCGCCGUAAAUGGUGAGACCAGUCCACAACUCAAAGCCGAAAACUUGGUCCUCCUUGGCGAUGCCCUGUUCCGAGAGAAGGAGUAUCGCAGGGCAAUUCAUACAUACAAGCAAGCAUUGCAACAGUGCAAGAUUAUUCCUAAACAGAGUACAAUGACUAGAAAUUCGUUAUCUGCAUCGAACAGGUCAUCUUCUCCAAAUUCCUUUAAUGUUUCAGGGGUUAAUGAAAACGAGGUGAAAUUCAAGAUUGCAUCUUGUCACUGUUCUCUCAAUGAGAACAGAGCUGCCCUUGUUGAGAUGGAGGGAAUUCCAAGCAAAUCUAGAAAUUUACAAAUGAAUCUAUUGAUGGGAAAGCUUUGUCGAAUUUCUCGACAUACUCGUGCUGCUGUUUCUUGUUAUAAAGAGUGUUUAAGAAAUUGUCCUUGUGUUAUUGAGGCUAUCAUAGCUCUAUCUGAACUGGGAGUUGGUGCCAAGGAUAUUAUUUCCUUAUUUCCUCAGACGCCAAAUAGAAGUGGGAGACCUCCAUUUGAUCACUUUGACUCAAGCCGUUGGUUGCAGCGUUAUGUUGAGGCCCAGUGUUGCAUUGCUUCAAAUGAUUACAAAGGUAGUUUGGAGCUUUUCACAGAACUUCUACAACGUUUUCCUAAUAACAUACACUUAUUGCUUGAAGUAGCAAAGGUUGAAGCCAUUAUUGGUAAAAAUGAUGAAGCCAUCAUGAAUUUUGAAAAGGUUCGAUCAAUUGAUCCGUAUGUUAUCACCUACAUGGAUGAGUAUGCAAUGCUUCUAAAGCUGAAGUCUGAUCAUUCAAAGUUGAACAAAUUAGUGCAUGAUUUGCUGAGCAUUGAUCCUUCUAGGCCAGAAUUAUUUGUGGCUUUGUCUGUUUUAUGGGAGAGGAAAGAUGAGAGGGGAGCUUUAUCUUAUGCUGAGAAGAGCAUCCGAAUCGAUGAAAGGCACCUAUUGGGUCAUAUAAUGAAGGGUAACUUGUUCUUAUCAAUGAAUCGGCCAGAAGCAGCUGUAGUUGCUUUUAGGGGAGCCCAAGAAUUGAGAUCGGAUCUUCGUUCUUAUCAAGGUUUAGUUCGUUCUUAUUUGGCACUUUCAAAAAUCAAGGAGGCAUUACAUUCUGCAAGAGAGGCAAUGAAAGCCAUGCCUCAAUCAGCGAAAGCUUUAAAAUUAGUUGGUGAUGUACAUGCUAGUAACUCUGGUGGAAGAGAGAAGGCAAAAAAGUUCUAUGAGUCAGCCCUCAGGCUGGAACCUGGUUACCUUGGAGCUGCAUUGGCAUUGGCUGAGCUCCAUGUCAUUGAGGGACGCAAUGGAGAUGCUGUUACUCUCCUUGAGCGAUAUCUCAAAGAUUGGGCUGAUGAUUCUCUUCAUGUUAAGCUGGCUCAAGUAUUUGCAGCCACAAAUAUGUUGCAAGAGGCCUUGUCACAUUAUCAGGCUGCACUAAGGAUAAACCCACAGAAUGAAGCUGCCAAGAAAGGAUUGGACCGCUUGGAAAAACAAAUGAAGGGAGUGGAUCCCGAUGCACCUGAAGAAGAUGAAGAAAAUGAGGUUGAGGAUGCUGAUGGAGACCAGAUAGAGGUUGAGCUUUUGUGAUGUGCUCAGGUGGAAGAAUACCAUUUCCUGGGGCUAGACCGCCUGAGUACAGCUUUAGAAAUUAUUCUGGUCUAUUUGGGUGCGGCCUAUUUUCUGGUGGAUUGAUUGCUUUGUAAAGCAGAAAAUCAGCUGCCCUCUUCUUCUAUCUUAUUCGACGUGGUGUUGUGGAGCAAUGACAUAUUCUUGAUGUUGAUUGAUGCUGAUGCUGAUGACGGUUACAAGGAGCAAAUAACAUAUCAGCCUUCUGCAAGUAUGCAGCUUCAAUGGAAAUGUAUCAUCAUCCAAUUCUUAUUGUUGUACAAGUUAGUUUCCUUCGGAUCUGUGACUCUGAAAACUGAGACUGUAAUCUUGACGGUUAGUUCACGUGUAUUGUAUUCUUAGAAAACAUGCACUUCGUAUUGGUUCAUUGGUUUAAAAAUUUAUAUAUGAACUGUAAUAAGAUCAUUUUUAGGUUGUAUACGAAUAAUAGUUCAC